UUCAACCGGUUCAUAUUGGCCUAUUCCACCCCGCAAAGCGUGACUGCUUACAACUACAAUAAGAAGCGCAUCCUCACAUCAUGUAGACCUGCGUGGAUUGUGUGUUGAAAGUGUCAACGAUGGGCCAACAUGGCGGAAAUUGACCAGUUGGAACUCAUAAAGAACUUGACGAAGCUUGAGGCCCAAUUAUCGUCUAUCCAAUUUCCCGCGUAUGGUGGUCUAUACCUUCGAGCAGAUAUAGGCGCCCGGCAAUCCCCUUAUCAAAUGCUCAAUGAGAGUAUUAAUCCGUCACAUAUGUUUUGUAUUGGCCCCUUCUUGUGAUCGUUCAUUUGACAUUGAUUGGGACUAGACUGGUUCACAGG